AUGGCCACACCGUCUAAAAUCGAGCUCCCGCCGCCUGCUUGGGGAUCCCCAGCGCAUAUGGCACAGCGUAAAGCCGAAAAGGAGUGGAAGAUUGCGCUUCGUGCGUAUGCUACAAAGGAUGUGGAGAAUCGAAAGACUGGCAAGUGCACGCACUAUACGGAUAAUAACGAUAUUGUCAUUCGUUAUCAUCUCCCGCCCGCUUGGGAUGUCUUGAAUGAACCGGGAGCAGCCGUGAAGAUUGUUAGAGAAGGGGACGCUGUUUGGGAUUUGCCAGAGGACGACGACGAGCUCGUCAAAGUCCUCAAGGCAACCUAUGCGCCGUUCUACCAGAGGACGGGCGAGUUUUCAAAGCCUUCUACUGCGUUCAAAACACCGCCCAUCAGCAAAAAGGCCUCCCCAUCGACUUCACCCACCCCUACCCCUGCGAAGCCUCUGCCGGAAGCUACAUUUAUCGUCACAGAGUCUAUCGAAAACUAUUCGACGAUUGCAAAACCACAGUACCCUGUCAAGUCGACCACGAUGGCAUCUCUUCCGAAUGUCACCCCAAGUGGGGAAUCAACUUCUCAAAAUGAAAACUCGGCUGUACAACCACGACGAACGUAUCUUCCUGUGGCUCUGUCCAAUCUUUUCGGAAUCAUUGGGCGUAUGUUCCUGUGGUUCAUCCCAAGUCCGCUGAGAGUGCGCUUGCAUGCCUGGUGGUCUCCGGUACUUAGAGAUGGUGGAUCUAGAGCGAAUCGAGUGUAG